AUGAUUAUCCCUGUCCGCUGCUUCACUUGCGGCAGAGUUAUCGGUCAUCUGUGGGAGCAGUACGUGGAGAAGUUGCAGAAUGAUGUUGAUGAGGGGGAGGCUCUGAAUGACUUGGGUUUGAAGAGAUACUGCUGCCGCCGUAUGAUAUUAACGCAUGCAGAUUUAAUAGACAAGUUGCUGGCAUACAACAUUUAUGAGAAGAAAAUGCCCGACGCAUGA